GCUGGCGGGAGGGGUACCCUUAGGGCUGGCUCACGUCAGCGCCCCUUCCCGGCGGCCGCGACCCCUCCCCGCUGACCUCACCCGCGCCGCCACUUCGCGCGGAUAUAAGCAGCAGCCCCGCAGAGCAGCGGGCAGCUGGGGUCCGGAGUCCUGCCCGCGCUCCAGGACUCCUGACCCGCCUCUUUCAGACCCUGAAACUCCGGACUCGCAGCCCCAGGACCCCGGACCGGUCCGGCUGAGCUCGCGCCAGGCAGACGCCGCGAUGCCUGGUCCUUGGUUGCUGCUCGCUAUGGCUUUGACCCUGACCUUGACCGAUGUCCCCCGCGGCAGCGCACAGCCAGAGGUGGCUCAGCAGGAGGCAGCGAUGGCUACCGAGUACCCGGGCCUGGACGACCUCCUGCGCCAGGCGGAGCGCCUCCUCCUCCUCCGGGAAGACCUCCAGCGGCUGCGAGGGGACCAGGGAGAUCGCGAAUCUGAGUCCCAGAUCUUUCAACCUGACUGGCUCUCCAAGCGUCAGCAUCCAGGCAAAAGGGAAGAGGAGGCAGAAGAGAGAGUUGAAGAGGAAGAGGAAGAAGAAGGGGCUGUGGGACCCCACAAACGGCAGCACCCAGGCCGGCGGGAAGAUGCAGCUGUGUGGUCUCUUGAAGCGACCCAGCAGAAGCGGCAGCACCCUGGCAGGCGUUCCUCUUGGCUUGGGUACACUUUCACCAAGAGGCAGCACCCAGGCAGACGGCUGGUGGAUCCCAAGGCCCAAAGGAGUUGGGAGGAAGAGGAGGAUGGAAAGGAGCAGGAAGAGGAGGGAGAGCUGAUGCCUGAGAAACGCCAGCAUCCGGGCAAGAGGGCCAUGGGAGGCCCAUGCAGGCUCCGGGGAGCCUGUGGUCAAGCCAGCCUCCUGCUAGGCCUCCUGGAUGACCUGACCAGGGGCCAGGAGGCAGAGAAGCGGCAGCACCCGGGCAGGCGAGAGGCCUGGGCCAGGGAGCUUCUGGAGGAGUGAGCCCAGUUUCCUGUGAAGUCAAGUUUGAGAUCUAAGACUGUCUUGAGCCCUGUAUGCUCUAUCCCUUUGUGACCCCCUUUUUCUCUCCUCCUUAGCUCUUUGAUCAUAAACCCGAGACGCCUUGUAUGUACAAACCCCUGGCCUUCAGGGACAUGGGAAAGCCAGCCUAUGAGUUAAAACCCCAUAUUACUCCAUUUUGUAUCGCUGGCAAGCAGUCAGGUCCCAGAGUUCCUUUACCACCUUGCAAGCCUGCUCCUGUUCUUUAGCCCUGCCUGAGAUGACCCUUCUGUGUCUUCUAAGGGAUCCCCAGAAAAAGGCAGAGUGCCUCUGGGGAAAGCAGCCAGUGAGGUGGGGUGGGAUUAAAUGUCUAAAUCUAACUUCUAUUUCCUGCCCCAUGUGUUAGGAUCUACCACAUGUAAACUUUACCUUAGAACCCAGAAUCUCGCCCUUUCUUGGGUGUUUUGUUUGUUUGCUUAUUUUCUUGUGGUGGGCAGUGACUGACCCUCAGCUGUAUUCUUGGAGGAAGCAUUUUAGGUGGAGAUCCCUUGUGGUGCUGUGCUGUGUGGUGGCCGUGGGAUAAAUGUAUGUGGGAAUAUGUAAACAUCACCCUGGAAGUUGUGGCUUGUAUAUAACCUGUUAAACGCCUUCCUCUUGUCAAUGGCAAUCAUCCUAAUGAUAA